AUGGAAGUCCAGGGUAUCACCAAGGGCAAGGCGACGACGACUCGGAGGGCGUCUGUGAAGAUUACGCUCGGAUGGGAGCGUGUUUACGUUUCUGAGAUGUGGAUCAUCGACCACAACGCAGGCGUCGACGUGGUGCUAGGCACCGACUUAAUGAUCCCGGCUGGGAUCCGGUUGGACCUCUUCAACGCGGCGGCCAAGCUCCCGGACGAAGUGAUGAUCCCGCUGAAUCAAGACGCAGAACAUGGUCGACGAGGCCGAAUGGGUCCAUGUCAACGGGGGCCCGGUCGACAGUUCCGAAUGCAACGGAAACGUCCGUCCCCGACGACUCACGUGCCGUGGAUCCGACGGACCGACAAGCUCAUCCCUACGGUGAAGCGGUUCCACAAGGGACAUCCGCAGCGGAUCCGACUGACGAACCUUGACAACCGGCUCACGAUCUGUCCGGCUCACACAACCUUCGUGGUGUGGGUACCAAUCGGGUCGUUGCCGAAGUCUGAGGGAUAUGUGCGGCUCGACUCUGACAAGUAUAGGGAAUGGCAAGUCCUUGCCUACGAGGCCGCCCGCGAUAAGACGCUGCUCAAGUGGGAAGCCGAGCUUUACGCUCAAUGGUUAGCUGCCCAGCCGUCGGCAGUGGAUCGACCCGAGUAUCCCACUCCAAAAGGGCUGCUCCGACGG